UUUAGUUCAUGCUAUCCAGUAAAUUGGUGACGUCACUUCAGGUAAGUUCUUAAAAGAGAUUGUGGAUGUAACGACCCUUUAAAAGCCGGAUAUCUGUCUGUGAACCAAUGGUAGUAAUGCUAUUGCAUAUUUGAGAAAUUUGUUUGCUGAUGCUAUUAGGCAACAGGUCGGUAGAAUACUCUUACGGGCAAGAUCCUAGUUUACUUCAAUUGAUUUUGGGAGGGGAAUGCCAAAUAAACAUUGAUAGGUCUGCAUUGUUUGGAUAUAUAGGCCUUUUUCCGAGCGAUCACUGCUAUUCAUUUAGCGGACUCCUUUCUUGCAGGUUCCAAAUAUUGUUUCCUUUAAUUGAGGUUUUAUUGGUCCAUGUUUAGCUCUAUUGAAUUUUGUUUAGAACUAGAAGAGAACUGUUGCUAAAGUAUUUUUUAGAAUUUUGCAGAAGGUCAUGUGACCAUGCUCAGAAUUUUGUUUAGGGAUCUGAAAAUCUUAACUAGGUCGUAUUCAAGAGGUUUUCGGGGUGUGUCCGUCUCGCCCAACAUCUGAAAUUUUGUCAAUAAAAUCUUAUACAAUGGGAAAAAAUUUUCAGCAGAAAGUAAAAUUGUUUCGUCAAAAUGAUGGUUUUGCAUAUAUUUUCAUUUUGUAUAAUAUUACCAUUUUGCAAAUAUUGUAAUUUUGCAAAUAUUAUCAUUUUGGAAGUAUCAUCAUUCUGCAUAUUAUCAUCGGAGUGGAUUGCUUUACUUGUAGUCGUCGAGAGAUUUUUAAAACUGUCCGAGCGAUAAUUAUGAGGGAAGUUCUGCGAUUUUGACUGUGCAGUAUCAAAUCAUUCGACAAAGCCUUUCUAUUCUUGGGAGUAGUCAAAUAAGGUUUUCAAUUAAACUUUGCUCACCUAAGUUGUAUGAUUUACGACUGUUUUUCUGCCUUGACUUUUUAUCAAAUUAUGCACCUCUCUUGAUUAGUGUGAUUAUAAUUUCCAAGAAAGUUGAUGCCAGUUCUACCAUAACGAACCAAAGGAGAUGCACUAACUUUUUAUAGCAUAUCAAAUGCACGAGCGACAUUUUCUGUCAAUCGAGCCUUGCCAGUGCAUAUGCCGUCAACGUUACUAUAUUUUUGCAAAUUUGAGUAUCAAGUUUUUGUAGAAUGUUGCCGGAACAUGUGUCAUGAUAUUGAGUUGUAUGCAGCUGCUACUUAACAUAGCAAUUCACUAGAUCCACUCCUAGGUCAUUGGAAGUACUACAACAGAAUAUGAAUUAUGUGGUACUACAUCGCAAAAUACAUGCUUAUUAUCCGAUCGAGGCUCAAUGUAAAAAUGAAGUGGGCUUCAGUGCGCAAUUAUUACUGCAAAUAAACGAGGGAGAAAUCAUUCGAUGGGGAUUUCGUACACCUUUGAUUGAAGUCAUUUUUUAAAAAUCCCUGGAAAUCCCUUUGUUUUCGUGGAAAUCUCGUAUGCUAUUUGCAAGAGUGAAUUGUCCCUCGCAUGUAAACGUCGAACUGGACCCUUCAAGUUCGCCAGAUAAUCUCUCUUGAAAUGAAUUUUUCUCAGUUUUUCUAUGUUUUGAAUUAAAAUUUCAUGGCAACAUUCACCAUACGUGCUGCAGUUUAGAUCUGUACUAUGAUAGUGAUUGAGUAAGGCCUGGUUCAAAUGUCGCACUUCUCAUGUGCCGAACCUAACUCUGUUUGGAGCGACACUUGAGCAUGUUUAGCGCGACUCCCGUUUCAAACGUCGAACUUAAUCAUGUCGCGCCAAAUGGCUAUCAGGAUUGUUACAUGAAGUAUCUUGGUUAAAGCGCGCAAUCUCAAAUAUUUGUUUGAAACGCAUGCGCCCUCCAAGAAAGAAAUUAAUUUUGGGAAGGAGAAGAAAUUAAAUAUAAUUAUACAUUGAGUUCGGUACAUGAUAAGCUCGACACUUGAAACCGUGCCGUGCUGGAGCAGUGCAGCUCGGCAAGCUCUGCCGAUCCAAACUAGUCUGCCGCUCCUAAUUAAAUCUGCGGUACCAAAUUGAUUCAAACGUCGCGCCCCUCAUGUACAUAAUUCUCGAGUUAGGUUCAGCACAUGAGAAGCGCGACGUUUGAACCAGGCCUAAGUGUUAUGACUGUACUUGAUAAAUAUGUGCUCAUCCACCAUACUACCUGUAGAGAGGAUAGCACCCUGGGAAAAGAAUUUUAAGUUGUAAGCAAUGACCUAACCGUUUGAAGCAUUUUGCCUCCCUAUAAAUUUUUGUGUUUGGAUCGUAAAUUUGCGAAAGUUUUGGCGUCGUUUACAAACUACUUUUCCUUCGUGUUUUGAAUCAGCAAGACAUACCUUUUUUGCCUUUCUUGCAAACAUGUCAAGAUAUAAAUUCUGUGCACCAAAAAGAUCAACUUUAAGAUAUUUUUCUGCACCAAACAAUGCACUAAAAAUUCCCUCUGCAACGCACUAUUUUAUUCACACUAAAUCCUGUCUAUUCUGGUUUCACUUUGCGGAACUUGGCACGAAUAUCUUUGUGCCCCCUCCAUCCAAAUUCACAUGCUACACCACGUUUUAUCAAAUGCAUAUUUUGGAACAUUUCUGCGACGCCCUACCCUCAGGCCACAGAAUAGGCAUUCCUUUUCUGUGUUCAGGCCUCAAGCUCCUGCGGCCUUUGGCGGGCCAGGGCGGUCAGUAAAUUUCGCGCCAAAACGAGAUCGUCGUGCCCGCGGAGCAGCCAUCGAGUGUUUUGGUGGUUCCAAAAAGUGAUUUCGAGAAAGAUUAUAUUGCUUGUUUUCACUCACUUGACCAUGGCUAAUGGUGCAGUUCUAGAAGAUUUGAAGGUUAGCGUAGAUCUUUGGACACCAAACAAAUAUCCAUGGGUUAAGUACUAUUUUCUUACUCAUAUGCAUGCAGAUCAUACUGUUGGCCUAACUCCAUCGUGGCGGAACAAGAUUUACUGCUCUGAAAUGUCUAAGAGGUUGUUGAUGCAGAAGUUUGGAUUUGCUGAUGAUUUGGUAAUAUCAAUGGAACUUGGAAUACCUGCAGUUUUUUAUAAAGAUGGCACAGAAUCAUUUAAUGUAACGUUUUAUGAUGCUAACCAUUGUCCAGGUUCUGUAAUUCUGGUGUUUGAAGGACGCUUCGGAAGAAUUUUAUAUACUGGCGAUUUUCGAUGCGAUCAAGCAUUCCUAGAGAAUUUUAAGACUAGUAACCUUAGCAAUGUAGAUAGAUUGUAUCUAGAUAACACUUAUUUUAGCAAGAGAGUCGAUUUUCCGCCGCGUGAAACUGUUACCAAAGAUAUAAUCAAAAUCAUUCGUAGCCAUCCAGGGUUUCAAGUUAUAAUCGUCUGCUACAACUUAGGGAAAGAAGAUUUGUUAGUAGAAAUCGCCAUGGAUCUUCGUGAGUGGAUUGUUGUAAGCCAAGUGAAAUAUGACCUGCUGGAGAUUCUUGAAAUGCCAAAUGUUUUUACGAUUCGAAAGGAUGAAGGAAGAAUAAGAGCCAUUGUAGCUAGAGACCUUGCUGGUCGUGAAAUUAAAGAUUGGAUUGAGUCAGUACCUACAAUUGCGAUUUUUCCUACAGGUAUGUUUAAUAAGGAAAAUAAUCCAUAUAAAACCAAUGCAUUUGAGGAGACAUUUUUUGUACCUUAUUCUGAUCAUUCCAGUUACAGUGAAAUUGUUGAGUUCUUAAAGUAUGUGAAACCAGGCCGGGUAAUACCAUUAGUAAAAGAUAAAAAUUGGGACUACAAUGAAAUUGUUAGGAUAACAAAAGCAGACAGAAACCACAUGACGACUUUGAAAGAUUUGGCAAAGGAACCUGAUGUUGUACAAAUGGAAAUGGAUGAUCAUCAGAACUUAUUAAUGGAUGAUGAGUUGCUAUUUAGAAAUGGAGAUAUAAACAAUGAUGAAUUUAAAGCUGGUAGAAAGAAAUCAUGGUCAAAAAGAAGGCCUAAAGUACCAGCAAUUAAAAGAAUACCUUCAAAUAAGGGUGUUGUGUUUGACAAGAUAGGAGAAGAAAAUGGUGGUUGUGAUGUUACUGGUAGGGUUCAUCAUUCAAAAUCUCACAGUAAAGACACCAGUGAAGGCUCUGAAUGUACUGACAUGAAUAUUGUUAAUGCAAAUAAUUUUUUGUCAGGUCAAUUGAAUUCUGCAACAGAACUAAAUGCUGUAGCAACUGAUUUUGCAGAAGAGACUUGUAUUAAACCUUUUUCAAGUAGAAAUAGCCCUGCUUGUGAUAAAGAUAUUAAAGAUCCUGAGAAGUCUUCAGCUUCUGAGUGUAUGUAUUAUACAAAAUUUAAUAAGGACCAGGCUCAAAGUGGAUCAAUUGUAUCUUUGGUUGACAAAGAUGAUGUUCGGGGCACAGAUGAUGAUAGGGCUUCCCAGGAUUCUGAUGAAACUGAUAUAGACAAUGAAUGUAAUGAACAUAAUGGCGCGUCUGAAGACACCUGUGCAGAAGUUGCGGAAGAUAGUGUCUCUAUUCUUUACUCAAUUGGCAAAGAAAACUCAAAGAGAGAAGAAAACAAUUCUGAUGAAAACGACAGUCAUAGUACAAUGGCCAGUAACAAUGAACAUUCUCAAAGCAUACAGAACCCCUCUCUUUGGUCAUUGCAUUAUCUUUCAACAUUAUAUGGUAAAGCGGAUGCAAAAAAUCGUAAUCCCUUGAGGGCUUUAUCUUGUGCUACCGGGAUGUUUAUGAAUAAACUUAGAGAAAGAAUAGAACUUUGACAGGGAGUCUCAAGGCCAAUUUGUAGUUGCUAGUCAGUUUGUGUUAAAAAUGUACUUUGAAUUUUGGAUAUGUUUAUAUGCUGAUAAAAUGUUGUGUUUUGAUUUGUAUUUAUAUAUAUAUAUUAUAUACAUAUGAUAUGCAUAUUAUAUAUGUUUAAAAUGUUGUGUUCUAAUUGUUUGCAUUAAAUUGAUAAAACUUUAGCAUAGUCCUAUUUUUGACAACCAUUUAUUUCUCUGGACACAAUUAUUAUAUCUAAGCAUUCUUUUUAAGGACUUCCAUACAUUGUUUGCAUAUUUUAUGCAACACGGUUAAAAAAAUUAUCAUCAAGAACCUUAGACAAAGAAAAAGACAAUUAUGUGCUCAGGAUUCUUGUAUUUAACAGAGAUUUGAUAAUACCUAGCUUACUUUGAUGUAUAGAAUAGGUCGAUCAAUACUUUUUAAUGUUUAAAAGUCCAGCUAUACUAUUAGCUCUUUUAUUCUCUUUUUAGAAAUUAAAUAUGUGUGUGAAAUUCUUUGGAUUUUCUAAGUGGGUUGGCCACUUAGAUAAUAUUCAUUAGAUAAUACAUCAAACACGUCAAAUGAUCAACAUGCAUAUUCUGGAAAUUGUUUAAGUCAUAGGUUCCCAUUGUUCCCCUUACUCUAGAGUUUGAGUUAUUCAUGGUUCUCCAUUUAGCUAAUCAAAAUAACCAGAGUAUGCAUCAUUAAGAUUUUGUAAAUAUACUAUUUUUUAUUUUCUUGUUGACCAAAGUUUUGAGCAAAUUGAAGGUAUUAUUUUGUGGAAAUCUUUGUAGUUUUUCUUUUUGUUACUUGUAGAAAAGGUUCUAUGUGAUGUGCAUUAGGUCAUAAACCACUUCCUUUUAACAAGCUGUGUCAUAUGCAAGUUCCAAUGUGAUUAUGUGCUCCACAGACCAGGCUUCUCUUUUACUGUUAUCUAUCUUGGUAGUAACUUGAAACAACCAACUUUGGUUAUUGCAUUUUAUGAGAAUCACUUCAAGUUUGAAUCACUGAAAACAAUCUCCUAUUCAACUUGGAAGUCAGUAGUUCAUAAUUUACAGAUUAUUAUGAUAAAUGCUAGUUUCCUUCUCUGAUUUCUUUUAAAACCAAAUCUGCACAAAAAGGUAUCAAAGAAGUUUUUACUGUUCAGUAUUUUUAAUGUCUAAUGUUAAGAUUCUAACUUUGGGUUUAAAUUAUAGAUCUGUUAAGUUUUUAAAUUCUUGUUAUUGAUAAAAAGUAUUAGAUUUUCUAAUUAGAUAAAUCUAUUAAAAAAAGAUUUAAUAAAAAAGAAUUGACAAUUUUAAAAUAGGCUUAAACCUUCAGUUUUAGUUUUCAAAAUGUAUUAGUAUUGUCAUAUUCCAAUAUGUUAUAAUUCACUUUUUGUAACACUGAAUGAACACAGAAUUUCCAUCACCUUGAAAUUUUGUAUUGAAGUAAAGAAUUAAGAAAGUUUUUCUAAAUGUGUUUUCAUUUGCUUAAUUUUUUUAUACUGACAUUUUAUCUUAUUGAAACUUUUGUCUUUAGGCCUUGUCUUAUUCCACAUAUAAACAGAUAUUUUAAUAGUGAAUUCGUAUCUCAAUUAAUAUGGCUUGAUGUUGUAUGAUGUUGAGUUACCAAUAUAUUUUUAUAGUAUAAUUUUAAAUUUACAAAUGCAGGAUAUGGCAAUUGGCAGUAUGUCUAAUUUCCUUUUAAGAUCUGUUGCCUGGAUUAAGAUCUUGUGCCUUUGUGCCAAAAUACCCUUUGCUGUUUUGCAAUUAUCAUUGUAUUUAGUUACAGUAAGCUAAACACUGACAAGUUAUAUUUCUGGUUUUCAUUUGUACUUUGAAUGGCAUUCUGAUUGAGCCAUUAUUUCUACUGAAAAUAUUUAUCUAUGAGAAAGGUAGAGGAUAUUUUUUGGGGAGGUAAGAGAAUUUAAUAAGUCAGUUCAUGAACUUAGAACUUUUAAUUACAUUAAUUAUUUUCAAAACAUUCCCCGAUUCCCCGAAUAGAAAUACAUUAUUCAUCUUCAAAUCGUCCACUUUUUUAAAUAUACACGCAUUUUCUUUUCUGUAUAAACUUAUUAAUUUGGUCUGCUUGGCAUAUUUGCUCCAAUUCGAAACCAUACGCCUAUAUCAGUGAACAAAUUGGCUUAAAUGGCUUGUUUUGACGUAAAGGGUGGUGUUAUUACGCCCCCCAAGACACGAGGCCCUGUGCCUAAUUUUUCCCUUG